CCUUUGCAUAUGUCCAAAAAAAGGUCUCCCCCUUUUAUUCUGACAAUGUGUUCAUCGAUACCGCUAUAAUUGCCAACAUGAAUAAGAUCUAACAGCGUGCCAAGAAAGAGGGAGAUCCCGUGGGGAAGAUGGAUGGCCACUGCUGCUCCACCAGCGGGGAGACAAGGAAGCCUCAACCCUCACCACCCCCCGCCGACGCCGCCAGGCAGCGGCAGUACAGAGGGGUGAGGAUGAGGAAGUGGGGGAAGUGGGUGGCGGAGAUACGGGAGCCCAACAAGCGGUCACGGAUCUGGCUGGGGUCCUACUCCACCGCCGAGGCCGCCGCCAGGGCCUACGACACCGCUGUCUACCUCCUCAGGGGCCGCUCCGCCCGGCUCAACUUCCCCGACGAGGUCCCCGCCGACGCCUGCUACGACGGCGGCGGCGGUGACCCCCAGCUCGCCCUCUCGGCCGCCUCCGUCCGAAAGAAAGCCAUCGAGGUGGGCGCGCGGGUGGACGCCUCCCUGCGGACGAUGCCAGCUUCGUCACCGCCUCAGCCGCAGCCACGGCCAUCGCGGCCGACCAAGAACCCCGAUCUCAACCAGGCGCCGAGCCCCGACAGCUCGGACGUGGACCGACAACUGUAGCUGCCUGCUUCAUCUUCUCCUGCCAUGUCGUCUCUCUUCUUUUUCUUGCUCAGUCCACAGUGGCUUGUACCGUAUUAUAUUUGCCCUUGUCUUUAUUAGUUGAGAUUAGGAAGGUUAAGAUGGUAGGCUAAACUCUUCAGAGUUAUUGAGACAGGGAAAAGAAGGGACAGAUGAAGACACAGUGAUGA